CUGAUAGCAGCGCCGUGGUUGGGUGGCUCAGACUUAGCUUGUGGUGCGGAGCAGCAAUGGCGACGAGCUCAUCCAGCUGUUGCGUUUGCCUUGCCACCAGGAGAAUCCCUCAAAAUCUCUCCUCAUCGUUCUUCGUCCUCUCAUCGAUUCGCUGCAAACCACACGCCUCUCCUCCUCAAUUCGAUUCCCGGCGUUACCUCUUCCACUGUGCUCCAGAGCCCAUUUCAAUUUCAACGCCAAUCGCUGCUACUAGGACCGAGCCUCCUCUUUCUUACUCUUCGUCGGCGGUCGCUAGAGAGCCGAUGGUUCCUCCUUACAAUGUGCUCAUCACGGGCUCUUCUAAAGGAAUAGGGUUUGCUCUAGCUAAAGAGUUUCUAAAAGCAGGCGACAAUGUUGUAAUUUGCUCAAGAACAGCUGAACGGGUGGAAUCUGCUCUUCAGAACUUGAGGAGGGAAUUUGGGGAGCAGCACGUGUGGGGGACAACAUGUGACAUCAGACAGGGGGAAGACGUGAAAAAUUUAGUUGCAUUUGCAAAGGAAAAACUGAAAUACAUUGAUAUAUGGAUUAAUAAUGCAGGAUCAAAUGCUUAUAGCUAUAAACCACUAUCAGAAGCUUCAGAUGAAGAUCUUAUUGAUGUUGUCACAACGAAUACUCUUGGCUUAAUGAUAUGUUGUAGAGAGGCCAUAAAAAUGAUGCUGAACCAGCCUCGUGGGGGCCAUAUUUUUAAUGUUGAUGGAGCUGGUUCGGAUGGAAGACCAACUCCAAGAUUUGCUGCAUAUGGGGCUACCAAGCGGAGUGUGGUGCAUCUGACAAAAUCAUUGCAGGCAGAAUUGCAAAUGCAAGAUGUUAAAAAUGUUAUAGUGCAUAACCUGUCGCCGGGAAUGGUGACAACCGAUCUUCUGAUGUCUGGUGCUACCACAAAACAGGCCAAGUUUUUCAUUAAUGUUUUGGCAGAACCAGCGGAGGUGGUUGCAGAGUACCUCGUCCCAAACGUAAGAUCCAUUCCUUCCAAUGGAUCAACUAAACCCACUUACAUUCGUUUUCUUACCGGGUUGAAAGCAUACUCCCAGAUUUUCUCAAGGCUUGCUUUUGGUGCUAGGAGGAAUAGAUAUGUGCUCGAAGAUUGAUGAGAACCCAAAGUCUAAUGCGUGCAUGUAGCGGUUCUGCUUUAGAAUAAAACUUACUGAUCAUUUCUUUUCGAUUGAAAUCUACUCAAAAUUUCAUAUUAGUUAUCGCAUGCCAUUUGAAAAUGAACAUUGCAGAUGCAUUCAGGAAGUUUCUGCAUUUGCAGUAGUCAUAUGCGGAAGCAUGAACCAGAUUGAUCUAUGUUCCCCUAUAUGAUCCUGUAUAUAUACAUACAUGUAGUGCAGUUCUAUGCCAAGUGAGAAACUCAGUGUAUAAAGUUAUUAAAGGUGUCCAUUGUGCUGAAAGAUUCAAGAAAA